AUGUGCUCACUGCAACAACAAGAUUUUCUGACAUUCUUGGACUAUCAUGGUACGACUGUGGCAGACCAGAUGGUGUACAAUUAUAUGCUUAUGUUCACAGACUUCUACAAAUUCAAAAACGAUGCAAACCUAAAUUACGAGCUAGUAUUCAUACGAUGGAACCAGCAGAACACAAAAACUCAAUCAUCCACAGUCGUCGUCCCAUACACAACCAAAACAUUGCCUGAUGAGACCAACUGCAUGAAAUUCCAAUACACCCCAACACCGAAAACUACAACAAUGGAAGUGGAUACACAAGCUGCCCAAGCUGCCGAACAGCUGAUAUCUAAUUACGUUGGGCCAAAUGAUCUUAUCGAAGAGUUACCUGACCUCUUCGGCGAAGCAAUUCCGCCACCACCCCCACCACCAUCCCUAAAACAAUUACAAGCGCCGAUAUCACCACCACUAACCCUCGGUCAGAAAAACAUUCAAGUGAUGAAGGAAAUUCAUGCAGCCAACCAAAAACCACCAAACAAAACAUCGACGUGUAGCGAACAUUCCGCCACAAGCCCACGAAGACAAACAAAGUGCGGGCAGACCGACACGACAUGA